UCCCAUGAUUUCCUCAUCCUUUUCUAUUCCAAUUUACCCUUCAUCUUUAUAAAAUAUAUCCUAGGGUUUCUCAAUGGCCGCUGAGGUUGAGUACAGGUGCUUUGUUGGUGGCCUAGCAUGGGCCACUACUGACCAAUCCCUUCAAGAAGCGUUUAGCCAGUACGGUGAAAUCAUCGAUUCGAAGAUUAUAAAUGAUCGCGAGACUGGAAGAUCUCGCGGCUUUGGAUUUGUGACUUUCAACAACGAGAAGGCAAUGAGAGAUGCGAUUGAUGGAAUGAACGGCCAAGACCUUGAUGGGCGUAACAUCACCGUGAAUGAAGCACAAUCCCGCGGAAGCGGCGGCGGCGGCGGCGGUGGGGGCUACAGCCGUGGGGGCGGUGGCGGUUACGGAGGUCGCCGUGAAGGUGGCGGAGGCGGUUACAGCCGUGGUGGAGGUGGAUAUGGAGGUGGUGGAGGUGGAUACGGUGGCGGUGGUUAUGGUGGUGGACGUGACCGUGGGUACGGUGAUGGUGGAUCAAGGUAUUCUUCCAGGGGCGGAUCUGAUGGUGGUAGCUGGAGGGACUAGGUUUGGGAGGCACUUGGUUGUUUUAUGAUUUUAAUGGCUUAGUUUUAGUUGUGGUUCUGUUUGGUUACGGGAUCUCUCGUGUUCUGAUUUUCUGGUUGCUGCUUUUUUGACCGAUGGUUACUUAUCGUGUUCACCCUGUUUAAAAAAAAUUGAAAUGAAGUAAUAUAUCUUCGUUUGCAAACA